AUGUCUCCGAAGACAACAGCCAUUGCAUCGGGCGCACCGGGCGCAUCUCCAGCAGCGCGUCGCCUCCGAGAUCGCGGGGUACCCGCGUUUCUCGUGUUCUGUGGGACUCUGGUUUGUCUGUUGACCUAUUACACCUUGCAUCGCCCGAUCCAAGGCGCCGUGCACGACGAUUCCGAUUUACUACACACCCAAACCCCGAAGCCCAACUUGAAGCAAUGCCUACCUGCGACCCCUCCAAUCGCGCGUCCGCCCGCCCCGAUCAACCUGUGGGCCCCCCUAUCAGUGGCCGAAAUCGCCCAAGUGCACGCCUUCCUGCGCCGCCCGUCACUCGGCCUCAACUUGACCGUUACCAAUGCACAGACGAACGACAACUCCGUAUUCCUCAUUGAGACGCACCCCCCUCCGAAGGCGCUUGCCCUUGAAUACCUCUCUGACCCGGCGACGAAGAGCCCACCGGAGAGGCAUGCGCGCGUGGUCAUGCAUCUCGGGGGACAGGAGCAGCCUGUGAUCAAGGACUAUCUGGUUGGUCCGUUACCUGUGAGCGAGCGCACGAUGCUAGAGGAGCGCAGGGGUAUAUAUCAUCGGGAAGAUAUACCGUAUAAUGCGAGGGGCUUCAAUCUAGGGCCUGAGCUCGCGAGGCUUCUCGGGCAGAUCAUGCCUCCGCUAGCGGAGCCAAUGCAGGCAUUGCUAGGGGGAGUGGCGAGGGGCCUGCCCAAUGAUACGUUGGUUGCAGGUGCGAGUGCGCCUUGGGGUAUUGAUGGCUCUUUCCGUCGCGCGUGGAUAUCGUGGAAGCGCAACAUUCCCGGUUCGUGGAUUAACCCGCUGAACCUCUACCUAUACGUCGACAUGAGCGGAACCGACAGCUCUCAAUACAAAGUACUUAAGCUCGUGUAUGACAAGCAAGUCUUCCCGUCGACCGCAGCGUUCCUGGAAGCGUUCCACAAUGGGACGCUGAAGCCCCUUCCGCCCGUCGACGAUCCCAGUUCCAACGACACCCAUCCCUGGAGCUCUCGAUACCGUCCUGACCCAUCCUUCAAACUCGACCUCGACCAUCUCCCCGGUCCCCGCUCAGUCCCCUUCGCUGGACUGCGUUUUCGUGUGGACGAGAGGAUUAAGUAUGUGAGCUGGAUGGGGUGGGGGAUGUAUCUGGGCUUUGAUAGGGAUAUGGGGCUGAGUCUUUGGGAUAUACGAUUCCGAAAUGAGCGGAUUAUAUACGAGCUGGCUCCGCAAGAUGCUCUUGCACAAUACUCUGGUACCAACCCGUUUCAACAAACUACCGCUUGGCUUGACCGGUACUUUGGCAUGGGACAGACAGUCAGACCCCUCAUGCCAUCGUACGACUGCCCACACGACUCGGUAUUCCUUUCUGCAAACGUCUUCGUACCCAGCGAACACGGCGGAAACACAGUUGUCAUCGAUAGAGCUAUAUGUGUCUUCGAGAUGGACACGACCCGGCCGAUCACGAGACACACCGGGUAUGGUGAUGGGGAGUUUGGUGCGGUGAAAGGGUACGUUCUCGUCGUGCGCACGAUAUCGACAUGGGACUACACCUUCCAUCUAGACGGCACCAUCGAGGUCCGAGUUUCUGCGUCUGGGUAUCUCCAAGGUGCACACUACGUGCCAGAGGAAGACCCUUAUGGCUCCAGGAUCUGGCACAAUGCUAUGGGUUCGUUACACGAUCAUGUCAUCAAUUUCAAGGUAGAUCUCGACAUUCUCGGCACCAAAAACUCUUUACUCCGCACGACGACGUCGCAAGAGGAAGUUACUGCGCCAUGGUUCGACGACGAUUGGGGUCCCACUGUCGUUCAACAAAAGAUCACUCGGGAAUAUAUUGAAAAUGAAGACGAGGCUCUGAUCAAGUAUCCGCCCAACAUCCAAGGCAGUUGUGCAAUCGUGAACCAAGAGGAGAAAAACAAAUGGGGAACGGUUAGGGGCUACACAAUCCAUCCAGGGGUCAACUUCGUUCACAAUACCGUGGUUGGCUCUCCGCGCCUCAAGGAAAAUGCUAAUUGGGCCAGGUACAACAUGGCCGUCUCUAAACGCAAAGACAGCGAACCUUCCUCAAGUUGUAUCUGGAACUUGCACCUUCCGGGGAAGCCUGUUGUCAAUUUUCACAACUUUUUUGACGGAGAAAAUAUCACUCAGGAAGAUCUCGUCGCGUGGGUCAACGUUGGUACUCAUCACCUCCCCCAAGCAGAGGAUGCACCGAACACGCGGACGACUACCGCAACAACGAGUUUCUUCAUUGCCCCUUUGAAUUACUUUGACUCGGAUGUUUCCUUGGAUUCUCUCAAUGCUGUCCUCUUGACACCGCCCUCAGCGCCUGGGGAACCGUAUUUGCAUGACAACUAUGGCGUUGAUCAAGGGACGACGUGCAUCCCCGACCCACCUUCUCCAUUCACCUAUACCGAUGUCCAUGCCUACGAUAUGGACGGACGGAAGGUCUUUGGGACGGAUCUGAAGAAGUUACAGACGAUGGCCUACGCGCCACACAGAAUUAUGGCAGAGCUGUGA